GCGCAUAACUGACAGCUAAUGUUCCCAUUGGAUUUAAAACCCUCUACUUACUACAAACAUUGAAAUCUUCAUACUUCCACACUUUACAGUAUACCCAGUGCUGUACGAGGAGCCACCACCAGAAACAUCGAUCUAUCCGAACAUUCCUUCCUACGAUGCUCCACCAGUUGAGAAUGGACGACUUCCAUCGAUUGGAAAAAUGACUGCUCAGUUCGAUUUCAAACCGGUUGGUCCGAAUCAAAUUCAGAUAACUGCGGGAGAGAAUUUGGAUUUGAUACAGGCACAUGAUGACGGCGGUAAUCCAGAAUGGAUUUGGGUGCAGCGACUAGAUGGCGAACACGGCUUUGUGCCAGCUGCUUACUGUAAGGCGAUGUAG